AUGGGGCGUCGACACAAAAAUUACCAUCACAAAGUUCGGUCCGGCUGUGUCACUUGCAAGGCCCGACAUGUGAAAUGCGAUGAGGGCAAGCCGGGCUGCCUCCGUUGCGAGAGGUCAAACAAACCAUGUGGCGGAUACGACCUCCCCCGAGCCUGGAUAUUUGAUCCCUAUUGUGACUUCGACAGCCCAGAUGGGAAGAAGCAAGCACGGUCCCGAGCGCCCAAGAAUCUAGGUACCUUGGGCGACCCGCUGCCAACCGCACGCGCCAGGCUGGGCAAAGAUCUAGCCAUAGGAUCGCCAGGCUACGUGCAAUAUCUGCUCGAGAACUAUUCGGGCGAACGAAGGAGUCAUAUGUCGCUCCUUUUCGACUACACACUAAUCCACUACGGUCCUGUGUACAUCUGGCGCUUGUUUACAGAUUCGACCGAGCACAAGAUCUGGCGGUUCAAAUUCGUGCAGUUGAUGCUCUGUGAGCCCGCCCUCUUGGAGGCUGUAUUCGCUGCCGCAAGUCGAUCGAUGGAUGUCACUGCGCAACCAUCGAGCGAUGUUAUCUUCGAUUCCCUGGCACACUAUAACAAAGCGCUCACGCUGCUCCGGGGGAGCAUAUCAGAACCGUCGGCAGCUUACAACGACGCGAUCUUCUGGUCGAUCAUUGCACUUCUUAUCAAUGAUCAGGAACGGGGAGAUUGGCGUAGCUAUGGUGUCAACCUGCGUGGUAUCCGGCAGAUCGUACAGUUGCGCGGUGGCGCCGAGUCGUUACGGACCUUACGCGACCGCUCAUACAGUAUGUACUCGUGGGCGGAGUCCUGUUAUGCGAAGCACGUUGACCCGAGUAAACCGACUGCCGCGGACGAGCCCGAAGUAUCAUCUGAAGCUCCCGAGUUCGAAGUGCCUGCUGAGAAGGCACUCUCAUCAAUACGCCAGUACUCUCCGGCUUUUUUCCAUAUUGCCAAACAGCAUCCAUUGGCAUGCCCUACCAUUUGUGCGUUAGAAACGACAUUGCGAUGGCUCGGUACGCAUCCAAUUUCCAAUGGAAGCGAAUUCCCACGAGACCAAAGCGAAAUGCGCGCGACUCUGGCCAAGACAUGGUACAAGUUGCUACGCAAAAGUGCUUCCAAGGAAAUGGACCGACUGGUGUCUCUCGGUAUAUUCGCCCUACUUAUUGGGAUUGCUCCACUAUCAAUGGCUGAACAAUACCCCCACGUCCUGACCAGAUAUACUUUAGAACUUGAUGGCAUGAUUGUUACUGCCGCAUCUGAGGACUGCGCUCUCUGGACAGGCCUGGUUCUCGCUUCGAUGCCUCUCAACGUUGGUCUCGUGCCCAAGUCUCGGUGGAUGCUCCUCCAGCAAGUGAUUUCGCAAAGAGCGGUCGGGCGAGACUGGGAAGAAGUCAGAGACAUCGCCGGCCAGUUUUACAUGACAGACACUCUAGAAUCUCAAUGGCAGGAGUGCUGGGAGCUUGCCAUCAGCAAAUUCUCUUAA